AUGAUCAUAUUAAAUAUGAAUUCAGGAAGUUCGGAAUGCUCUCAUUGUCACGAGAAUUUCGAACCGAAGGAACAGAUCGUGAACUCUAAUGGACAACUCUGGCACCAACGUUGCUUUGUAUGUGUCCAGUGCUUCAGACCAUUUCCGGAUGGCGUAUUCUUUGAGUUUCAAGGACGAAAAUAUUGCGAAUAUGAUUUUCGGAUUCUCUACGCGCCAUGUUGCGGAAAAUGCGGCGAGUUCAUUACCGGCCGGGUGAUCAACGCCAUGAACUCCAACUGGCACCCCUCGUGCUUCCGCUGCAAUGCCUGCGACAGGGAGCUGGCGGACCUCGGCUUUAUCAACAGCGCCGGACGCGCUCUCUGCCCCGAGUGCAACGUCCGUGCCAAGGCCGCUGUGGCUGGCAAGCACAUCUGCUUCACGUGCAAGCAAGUAAUCGAUGAAGGACCUCUACGAUUCCGUGGAGAGGUCUAUCACCCAUAUCACUUCAACUGUGGCUUGUGCGGUGUGGAACUGGAUGCGGAUGCCCGGGAACUCACUACUCCUCAACCUAACGAGCUCUAUUGUCAACGAUGUCAUGACAAAAUGGAGAUCCCAAUCUGUGGAGCGUGUCGCCGUCCCAUCGAAGAGCGCGCUGUGACUGCCCUGGGGAAGCAGUGGCACGUAGAGCACUUCGUAUGUGCCAGGUGCGAGAAGCCGUUCUUGGGCAACCGAUUUUACGAGCGGAAAGGCCUGGCAUACUGCAAGACUCACUAUCACCAGCUUUUUGGGAAUUCAUGCUUCGUUUGCAACCAGGUUAUCUCUAUGGAUAUGUUCAGAUGCCUGAACAAGGCAUGGUGCGCGGGUCACUUCGCAUGUGCUCUAUGCGACGCAAAACUGAACGAGAAGAGCACGUUCUACGAAUUUGACCAGAAACCGGCCUGCAAGAGGUGCUACAGGAAGCUACCCACUGAUCUGCGUCGUCGUCUCAAGUCCAUGCACGAGGAACAUGCCCAGAAGGACAGUGUCUGAUCACGUGCGCAUUCCACAACCGUUAACCCAUCGUGAAUCUUGAUUAUCUAAGGCAUAGAUCGCGCUGUACAAUUCCAUGUAUAGAAGUCUAAUAUAUAAAC